UGUGGUAGUAAUUGUGGUUUUAUGCCGGUAAAUAUUGUGAUCUGUAAAAAUGAUUCACAUAAAUUAGAAGGAAUUAUUUCCUGAAAGAACUACGUAGAGUUGGAAGAAAGUUCUACGUUGUAGCCAUCUUUAGUCCAUAAUUGAUCAGAAAGGAGACAAGGAAAGGGAAAUUCGCUUGACUUUUGAUUAUAUCUUGAUUAUAGCGUAAGAUUGAUUAUAUCUCUUUUCCUGAUUAUUUCGCAUUUGUUGUAGACAUUGAAGGAAUAUUGAGAAAAGAUGACAUUUGGAAUUAAUCUUACAGAAGAAGAAAAGACUGCCAUUGAAGAGUUGAAAAGAAGAACAAUAAAUGAUAUUACUCCAAAGAUGCGUCAAGAUGAGACUUUAUAUUACAGAUUUCUUAAAGCUCGUGACUUCAAUUUACAGAAGAGUGAAGACAUGUUAAGGAAACAUAUUGUUUGGAGGAAAGAAUUCCAAUUGGAUACAAUUUUGACAGAUUAUAAACCUCCAGAAGUACUGGUGAAAUAUCUUCCAGUAUCCUUGGUUGGAUAUGAUAAAGAAGGCUCCCCAAUAAUUUACACUGAUAUGGCUGGUGAUCCAAAAGGUCUUAUAGGCUCUGCAAAGAAGACAGACCUUAUAAAAUGUGUCGUCAGAAUAUACGAAAAAGCUGUUGAAAGUAUGAGGAAACAAAGUGUGAAACAUGGGAAACCAGUAACAUCUAUGGUGCAAAUAUAUAAUUAUGCAAAUAUGACAUUCGCCAAGGCUACUAAUAGAAAAUCUAUAGAAAUGGUGAAAUUGGGAAUUGAUAUAUUUCAAGAUAACUAUCCAGAAAGACUAAAAAUCGUAUUUGACAUUAACACAUCAUUUUACUUCAGCCUAUUCUUUCCAAUCAUAAAAGUAGUUAUGGCACCAACAGUCUAUAACAAAAUUCACUUUUAUGGAGCAGAAAAAUGGAAGGAUGAUCUUCUUGAGAUUAUUGAUGCAGAUGCACUUCCUGCAUUUCUUGGUGGAAAUCGUACUGAUCCAAAUGGAGAUCCGAUGUGCAACAGCUUUAUAAUUCAUGCAAAAACAGUGCCUGAAAGUUACUAUCUAAAAAAAUCUGAGAAAAUUCUGUGCCAGACUCAAGGAGUAAAGAAAAUUAUUUUGACUCGAUUCUCGAAAGAAACCAUAAAUCUUGAAGUAAAGGAAGCUAAUUCUUUUCUGGAAUGGGAAUUUGAGACAAAAAAUAAAGACAUUGGAUUUGGUGUAUAUUUUAAGGAAAAUGACUCUAACAUUAUUGAACUUAUACCGAAACAAAGAAUUGAUACAUAUUACGGUCCAGAAACUGGAGUUUACAAAUGUGAAAAGCCUGGCACUUAUAUUGUUGCAUUUGAUAACUCUUAUAGCUGGCUAUAUCAAAAGGAAGUUUAUUACAAAAUUAGGAUGAUUGGCCCGAAUUCUGUUUAACAUCAUUAAAACAUCAAUCAGGAUGAAUUUUGAGUGCAAUAAUAUGUAAAUAUUUUAGUAUUUAAAUAAAAUUCCUGUAACAUGCCCAUCAAACCAUUCAGAGACCAGAAUGGGUGUAGAUACAGGGG